UUCUUUGUUCCUUUUCGCUGCAGUUGCCUUGACUUGUCUCUCCCGACGCUGACCUGCCGAGCAACAUCGAGUUCCAGCUCUCUAUCGAUUGAGAUUGAUCCAGCGAACCAGAGAUCACAGAAACCAGAGUGACAGAGAGAGUGACAGAUAGAGAGAGAGAGAGAGAGAGACAAUGGCGUCGAGACAAGUGUAUUCGCCUGGGCUCAACGGAGCGACGCCUGUCCUGCCGCCUCGCAGUGGCCUUGCUUCCCCCGGUGUGCACGAGGUCGAAAACCCCACCCCUGCACUCCCGCCGCGCGCGCCUGCAGCCCUGCCACCGCUGGCCGUUGCGCUCAACCAACAGGCACGCAGCCCGGCCGUCACUCCGGUCGUCACUCCGGUCGGAUCGCCGUCCGCUGCCGCCCUUGCGUUCCAUCCGCGAGCAACCGCCAACUUCCCGGCAAGCGCACGCCCUGCGUCUUUGGGCGCCUCUCCGCUCGGCAUGCCAGCACCACAGCUGCCGCCACGCACGAAUCUCUCUCGCACAGAUUCCAUGAACAGUGGCUCCAUGUCCCCGAGCGCUGCCAGCCUGGGAUCGGUGGGCGGCGAGCGCAUCCUUCGCUUUUGCGUCGAUUAUGCCAACAACCUGAGCAAGCCAUCCGUCUUCCGCAAUCCUUCGCCGUUUGUGCAAGUCAGCGUCAAUGACUCGGAGCAACAAUGGCGAACCAAGCGCGUCAAGAAGAGCGCCUCCCCGUCCUGGUACCAAGUUUUCCGCAUCUCCGUGCGCCCUACCUCCGUCGUCACCAUGACCGUUUACAACAACCAGCAGUUCAAAAAGAAGGAGGGCUCUGGAUUUAUGGGCUUUGUCACCAUUCCCAUCCAAAACAUUCCCUCCUUGGACCAUGGCAAGCAGUCGCUCAACCUGACCUUGAGAAAGACGGCACAAAACCCCGAGACGGUGACGGGCACGCUUACCGUGACCAUUUCGCUGCGCGAUGACAUUGACGACGACUUUAAUGCUGGCUCGGACAACCCGUCGCCCAAUUCGUCGUCCAACCAUUUGCCCGAGCGCUCGUCGCCCAGCCCCACACCCACCACCCCGUCGUCUGUCGGCCGCCCAGCCAUGCCCCUGCCGCCACAUGCUUUGGCAGCAGCGGCUCCUAGUAAUGCAGUGCCAAUCCCUGCUGUGCGCCCGCGAGGUGGCACGACAAGCGGCACGACGGUGAGCACGGGCUCGUUCUCGUCGUCACCCUCGAGUCGGCCAACACCGCAGCCACCAGCGCGAUCUGCCAUUGCUAGUGCGGCGCUUGCCAACCACCUGGGUCGCAUGAACUUUGGAGAGAACAACGCGGCUGGCGCCACUCCCGCGCUCAACCGGCGCCAGAUUGCAGACAUCAACGCCUCGCUCCCAAGCGGCUGGGAGGCGCGUCUCGCUGGCGGGCGCUUGUAUUACUGCAACCAUGUGACUCGCAGCACCCAAUGGGAGCGUCCAGUCGCUCCCGCUCAGCCCGCCGCUCCUGCCGCCGCGGUCGAGGAUCGCGCCCGCAACCAGUAUAACGCUCGUGCUAAUCUCGUUCCCCAGUCGGGCCCUCUUCCUCCAGGCUGGGAAGCGCGCACCACAGCCAGCGGACAAGUCUACUACUGCGACCACAACACUCGCACAAGCACAUGGAACGAUCCUCGUAUUUCUCGCGAUGUCGAUCCCCGGGACGCCUCUCUGGGUCCUCUCCCAGCUGGCUGGGAAAUGCGCUUCACUCCGCAAAACCGCCCGUACUUUGUCAACCACCAAACACGCACGACGCAGUUUGGCGACCCUCGUCUGGCAGUCCCGCCGUCGGCGGAAGAGGAGCUGCCGCAGCAUAAGCGCGAUCUCAAGAACAAGCUCAGCCACAUGCGUUCCAUGCUGCGCCAGCACCAAGGCACGUGCGACAUUCCGUGCAGGCGCAACAACAUUUUCGAGGACUCGUACAAUGUCAUUCUGCGCAUGAAGCCGGAGGACAUGAAGAAGCGUCUCAACAUCAAGUUUGCCGGCGAGGACGGUCUCGACUAUGGCGGUGUCUCUCGCGAGUGGUUUUAUCUGCUCUCGCACGAAAUGUUGAAUCCUUACUACGGCCUCUUCCAGUACACUGGCAACGACAUGUACACGCUGCAAAUCAAUCCCGAGUCUGGUGUCAAUCCAGACCAUUUGUCCUACUUUCACUUUAUUGGCCGUGUCAUUGGCUUGGCUCUGUUCCAUGGCUACUAUAUUGAUGGAGGCUUCACCAUGCCCUUCUUCAAAAUGAUGCUGGGAAAGCCGCUGGAGCUGGCGGACGUCGAAAGCGUCGAUCCUGAAUACCACCGAUCGCUCAAAUGGACGCUGGACAAUGACAUUACCGAUGUGCUUGAUUUGACGUUCGAAGCCGAGUAUGAUCGCUUUGGUCAGCAAGAAACGCAAGAGCUGAAGCCAGGUGGCAAAAACAUCCCUGUGACGGAGGCCAACAAGAAAGAGUACACGGACUUGAUUGUGCAGUGGCGAUUCUCGCGCGGCAUCAAGGAGCAGUUCCGCUGGUUUAUGACUGGCAUCACGGAAUUGGUCCCGCUGACCAUGUUGCAAACCUUCGACGAGGCCCAGUUGGAGCUCGUCAUUGGUGGCCUUGGCGAGAUUGACGUGGAAGACUGGCGCAGACACGCAACCUACAAGAAUUGCAACCCGAACGACCCAGUUGUCCUCUGGUUCUGGAAGGCGCUCGAGUCGUUCGACCACGAGAAGCGUGCGCGCGUUCUCCAAUUCGUGACUGGCACGUCUCGCGUGCCUGUGAAUGGUUUCCGAGAUUUGCAAGGAAGCAACGGUCCCAAGCCGUUCAUGAUUGAACGCGUUCAGCUGUCCGACAAGUCCCUGCCUAAAAGUCACACUUGCUUCAACCGCAUUGAUCUUCCCAACUACACUGCGUACCAGCAGCUGCACGACAAGCUGUCUCUUGCCGUUGAAGAGACCAUGGGCUUUGGCAUCGAGUAGGCGAAUCCCAAGAGCGAGCUGGCUUGUUGUUGGCGUGGUUUCGUUUGCAUUCCGUUUUUUAAAAUUGUUUUUUUUUUUUCAUUCUUUCUUGUUCCUGUGCAGCUUCAUCUACUCCCCUGCAUGUUUUUGUGUUUGUAGUUGUUGUUUUCUCUGCUGCUGUUGUUGUUGAUUCUGCCGUCGUCUUCAUCGUGGUCGGCGGUAUUUCUGUUUGUUUGGAUCUCUGUGAGUUGUUUGUUGUUGUUGUUUUGUUUUUCUGUUUAAACACACUUUAACCCCCGC